AAGUUUAGUUUGAAGUCUACUGUACCACGCCAAUACUGAAUAACAAUGGAAUCGACAUUCUUGAAGAUUUGGCUGUGGUGUUUGUUCUUAGUAGUUCUUACUAUAGCACAAUCAGUUUUGCCAGAAAACAAAUUAGUUUCCGGAGGGCUAAGUACAACCGAAGAGCUAAGCACAACAGACGUUGACCAAGUAACAGACCGAUAUGCCUGUUCAGAAGAGUUGUUAAUACAAAGACGAUUUAAUGGCUCCGAGAACUUUAAACGACCCUUGUACGACUAUGUGAAUGGAUUUGGAGAUGUCAAUGGCGAAUUUUUCAUGGGAAUAAAGAAAAUAUUCGAGAGGACUGGCGGUGGUCCACACGAACUGCAUAUCAAAGUAGGAAAGGAGGAUGGAUCCACUAGUUUCUCCCGUUGUUCCGACUUUGCUCUUGGAAACUAUUUUCAGAUACUUGCUUUACAAAAUAGUGCGAUAUAUUCUUUAUCAACUCCCAGAUCCCAAAGAGAGAUUGAAGUCAUACAUCUCAUGGAUAAGCAUAAGUUUUGCUUUGGUCCAUUCGAUGCAUUAUGGUAUAAUAGAUGUCUUGAACGAAAAUUAAGCUUAUAUUCUGUUUCGGAUAUUUUUCGUGGAAACAUCGUUGGAGCUUUUUGUGGUACUCCGAAUGACUACGAUUGGAAUGCUAAUUUGGAAAUGUUGAUUUGCCUAUAAAUAAUACUAAGUAUGCAAAGAAGCCGUUCAAAAUAAUUCCCAUUUUGUACAAAUAGCUUUUUGAAUUUGACUUCUUUAUUUACACUCAAGUACAGUUAGCGCUUUUAAGGCGUAUAUUGAUUAUAAAAAUAAAUCAAGAAAUAUGAGA